GAUAACGCCUCCUUCGCCAUCUCGCUUCUGAGUCUACUUGUGUCCCUACUAUACCGAUGAUGCUCGGACGCUUGCCGAAUUAAGCUUCAAGUCCAUCUAUUCCUUCCUCGCUCAGGCGUCCCGAACCAUCAUAGCUCACUGUCACAAGCCGGCAGAAUAUUGCUCCGUAUCUCCCAGUAGCCUGAAGGAAAUCUGUUCACUCUUUCACUCGCUGCUUGUCCGUCGUCCUCUCUCGACUCUCUUAACUGCACCCCUCGUGCCACUUCGUAAGUGGAUCCAUGGCUCAGAGCCAGACACCGACACUACUGCAGUUAAGGCACUUUCAUGUCAUUGUGUAGUCGGUGGAAGCUCAGACCAAUGAUAUAUGUUGUCUGUAGCCCAGAUUCCUUUACAGCCGAGGGUGAGGAAAGCUUAGAAAAGAAAAACGCACGCACAGUGUAUUGCUAUCCGAAUCUCGUGUAUUCUAACGUGUGUUUCUGAGUUGGUUCGGUUGGGCCUGCAGUAAAAGACACAGAUCGUGAUCGCUGACAACCAAGCUGUCCGAACAAAGAGGCAAUCGUUGGGAGAAAUGCUCUUGUAAAAUGCAGAGGUUGAGCUCCAUAAAAUCACCGGGUCACAUGCUGCGUAUGAAGAGCUAGCAAGUUGGUAGCAGCUGGUCAUGUACCGGGUGCUCGAUUGCCUUGAUCAGUGGGCCGAGUCCUCUAUCUGAGUCGUAAACGCUCUAGAACUUGCAGCAUUUGCCAGGAAUCGCUGCAAGGCCACAGGGCACAAUUAGCUGGGCGCUCUGCCAUUUGUAUCGGGAUUAUACAUUGGAAGACAGGAAGGUGCCCUGCUCUGCCAGCAGGUUUCGAAGUGUGGUGCAGCAGGGGAGACAGAACUCUGCCUUCUGACCGUCACACGAGUAGACUAGAAUUUCCUGCAGGAGUGUAAAGUCAUCGAGAGUCGAGCGAUGUCGCAGCAAGAGCCUGCCAGUCCUAGCCCUGAUGCAAAUGGAUCCCCCGGUGGUCCAAGAAACAAGACCGAAGCGCAGCAGGUGUCAGCCAGGGUCCAGAAGAUUCUGCAGGAACUCGGUUCGGCAGCUCAGAGAAUCAUCGAUUUGAGUUACGUGGAGAUGGAACUGAACGAAGCUCAGCUGGUGGGAGAGGCCAUAGCGUCGAGCCAGCACUUGGAGGUGUUGGUCUUGCAGCUGGAUCCCGUGCAUGAACCGGACGAGGAGGAGAGUGAUGACGAAGAUCACUCUUGGCCCAACGACACCGUCCUCCGGACCGCAUUCCUGGGACCGCGGCCCAACACAUCCGUCCGCUCCUUGAUCAUCGAGGGCUCAGGCACUGAUGGAGAUUUCAUGAGGCUCGGAGUGCUGCCCCAGGUGAUUCGAGAAAACUCCAAUUUGACCAAGCUCGAGUUCCAGUGGAAGGGGGUCGAUGGCACCGGGCGGAGGGAGACGCUGGAGCUUUUCGAUUCUCUGAUCUCCAACACCACCCUCCGGACUCUGGUCCUGCCGAGCUUCGAGAGGUGGGAUUACCCGGACCCCGAGGACGGAGGCUUCAUCGAUGCGGACACGUUCUCGCGAGUGGUGAAGCUCGUGGAGUCCAACACGACUAUCAGCCAUCUGGAUCUGCACAUCGGAGAGUGCAGAGGCCCUGGCAGUGCCGAUCUGAACCUGCCGGCGUUCUACGCAGCUCUGAGAUCCAACUCCUCGAUAAGAAUUAUUCGGCUGCGAGGCUACUUCCUCAAGAGAAAUGCGGAAGCCGAAUUUCUGGACUGGAUUCGGACCUCGGCCACCUUGGAAGAGUUGGACAUCGAAAGUCUCGGCGAGUGGGCUCAGGACGAAGACGAGGAGCCCUUGAGGUAUGAGCUUUUCUUCAGAGCCCUGAGGGAGAACAAGAGCUUGAAGAAGCUGGUGCUGGACGGAUCAUCUGCGGACUCGGACUCGGACUUCAGAGAGCUGAUGGACGCGCUGACGGUCAAUUCAACCUUACAAGAGGUGGUCUUCGAGCCAGACUCCGACCAUGGAGAAGCCGUGAGAGAAGCAUUGCAGAGGAGAGUCGCCCAAUAGAACGAUGCAACUGUCGAUUCCGACCCGUAGUCUGGAGAUGUGGGCGUGGUGAACCGAUUCGUCGCAAUCGAGCCUCACUCUGAUCUCGACAGCAUCGGCCCAUGUGGUCCGCGAAGCUGGAACGAACGUAUCAAGGGUCAAGCAGCCUCAAGGCCAAACAGAUCGGCCAUGUUCGGAAGAGUGUAGAGCUGAGCCAGAAAAUAAGUGACGAGUGGUUGAGUACACCGCCAUGCUGCAAUGUGUAGUCUUAGUGGCCAUGAUAGUCCAGGUAGAGCAGGAUUGUGCUCUCUGAACACUCAAUGAUUAGUUCAUUAAUGGCGAUGCAAGGUGUCGUAGAGGUUGCCCUGUGCCUGUCAUGUUGCAUCUCGAAAACACCCCCCACAUGUUGAGGAUGUGGACGGUUUUCCGACUGACGGGUCGAUCCAAGACGAGCAAUUCGUGCAUUUGCGUCCCACUCCGUCAAACCUUUGCUGAAUUGUACUGGAAAUAAUUGUAAAAUGGUUUGCUUCCAGACUCUGCGCAUCCGGUCCUGCGUUUACUCUCGAGAUCGACUUGCUAUUGUAAAAUGUCUUGGGGUUGAAGACAUGAAAUUGGCAUGCACAUUCCAUCUCAGCUUGUCGAUGACGGACUGAGCUGUAUCUUUCAUACGUUCCUUUAUUGGGUUCUCAAUUGGCGGGAGCUGACUGCCUAUGAACAGGCGUGCAGUCAUAAGAACUGUGAAGUGCUCGAGAGCACCUCAGCUGCGACCAUGGAUCUUUCACCAGGAUCAACGUAAACGUGAGCUUUGUGAACUAAUCACGGCCUGGAGGAAGCUGUUGAAGAUAGUGAGGCCUAAUAAAGGAUCGAUGUCCGCUUCUCGCUGUUCGAGAGAGUCGAGACUCCAACAUUCAUGGGCUCAGUGCCUGAAGUCGUGAAUAGAAGGAACAAUUCUUUCUCGUGAAGAUGUACCUGGACCGUACGGCUGACACACAGAAGAAACCGAACAGAAUUCACGUCUCUGACAGCGAUUGAGACGUGAGAACACCAAGCUCCUCGUAAAGUUACACCUUCUCGACUGUCGGGGCAGAUUCUUGUCAGAGAAGGCUGAUAGUGAGGGGUCUAAAAGAAAGAUUUAUGUGCGACUGAGCUGCUAAACAUAGCAAACAAAACAUUAGCGAAGCAUUUGUCGUGGUCUUGCCUUCAUUGUCUCGUUCGCGAAACCACUCUGCGGCUAUUUCCCCACAACCUGGCUCACCCAGUUUCAGAUGACAAUUGACUGGACCUCUGACAUCUCCAGCUGGAAAGAGAACUCCCGCAAAGAAAGCAUACUCUUAGAAAUCGUGACAGCCAUAAUAUCGCCUUGGCAUCUCCAAGUGUAUCCUCGGGUAGCCUCGUGGAUCGCCCAAUAUAGCAGCUAUCAAGCGAGGAGAUAAAGCCUUACCUUUAUGCUAAUCUCCACAGGGAUAUUUGUUUUUGGCCAAAUUUGUACACCCGAUCGUUUUCUUCUGCAUUCUACCUACCACCUCACUACUGACGAACGUAGAUGGAUACUAUCGCAUAAUCGAGAAGCUACAGAGCAUCCGACAUCGCAGGUCUCUGUGACCAACGCUCUGUUAGUCUAGAUGAAGUAACAGUCCACCUGACGACGAACGAAGAGCAACACAAGAGAGCCCCAGUGUGCCGGAUGCUUCGAGUGUAGGAAAUCAGAGAACGAGCUACCUACCUCUCUUUCGAUCGAGAGAGAAAGGGGCCCGGAUCCGCCGAGAGCAGGCUGCUCUGAGGUCUGCUCACGGAUUUAGUCCAAUGGUGACUUGUAGCCAGGACGUGUCCAGCUGUUUGGACCCGUUCUUUGUCGCUCACGGUGAUGCUUUGAAACAGCGAUCGUGCUUGCUGAGGCCUGCAACCUCGUUCAUCGAUUGGGUCCCAGAUGAGGAGGAUGUCGACGAUGUCGAGUCUGUAGAUUCCGCGAGGCAGAAUCAGAGAUAACGUUUCUGAGAUGUUGGCCACGCUUGAGGAUCGAACCGAUCGAGCUUCAGUUCUUGCAGCGCAGGGCGGAAAUUCAGCUUGCUCCUGUCUCAUGAAGCACGUGUGCGUCCUAUUUCGUCGAAGAAGGUACAAGCCCUUAACGAAGUCAAGGACGGUGAAAAUAAAACUCGCGAAAGAAAAUUAUUUGGAUCCACAACCACAUCGAGCAAGCAUUUGCGACCUCGUGAUGACUGUCCAGAUUUCUCGCGUUUCUGGUGCUAGAGGAUGAAGGAGAUGGAGCUCAGCAGCUUUGUGCUGAGCUCUGUUCAUUUACGUCCCAGUAAUACAUUUAUUUGAUGGAAAUUACAAUUUUAUAGAGAUAUAGUU